GGCAAAUUUGGACGCCAUGAACCGAACCGUGUCAUGACAAUGACAGUUCAUAUGCUCUCUCUCUCUCUCACAAGUGUAUUACUAUUUUUAUUUUGAUUUUUCAAACUUUCUUGUUUCUUAUUCAUAUUUGUAUAUCUUUUUAUACAAUAAAGAAUCAUCAAUUUAUUCCGUUUCCAUAACCCCAUUAACACAUUAUUCGAGAGAAAUGGAAUCAGCCAAUCACUCUCAUUUCCUCCAUAUAUAUCAUUCUAUCUACAAAUAUUCACUAUAGUUUACUUUGUUCUUUUCCUCACCUAAACUAAAAGAUCCACCUCGAUCCUCUCUCCUCCGUUCUUUCCUCCGCCGCCGUCUCACAAUCAACCACCGCCUCUAAAAUGAGAGAAGAUAAUCCAAACUGGUUCCUUAGAUGGGAAGAAGAGCUUCCUUCACCGGAAGAACUCAUCCCUAUCUCUCAAACCUUGAUCACUCCUCAUCUAGCUCUCGCUUUCCAAAUCGGAAGCCCUAAUCAUCAUCUCGGUUCGAAGAGAGCCACAGCUACUUAUCACCACCACCAGAAGCUUCAACCAUCCACCACUCCAACAACUCCAACUCUAACUCCUCAACCGAUGAUGAUGAAUUCUGAUUUCGGCGGUGGCGAUUCCACGGAUCUUGGUUCAGGAUCGAUCGGAGGAGAGCCAGCAAGAACGCUGAAACGACCGCGCUUAGUAUGGACGCCUCAGCUACACAAACGUUUCGUUGACGCUGUUGGACACUUAGGGAUCAAGAACGCAGUUCCAAAGACGAUAAUGCAACUAAUGAGCGUUGAAGGGUUGACUAGAGAGAACGUCGCGAGCCAUCUUCAGAAAUAUCGUCUUUACCUUAGGAGAAUGCAAGGCGGGAACGGUAGUGGAAUCUCCGGUGGACACGUCAUCGUCUCCGAUUCAGCAACUGAUCGUUUGUUUGCGAGCUCGCCGGUUCCGGCACAUUUCUUGAACCAUCAUGAGUACUUGAUGCCUCCAUUAGAGCAUCCGUAUAUGGGGAAGCAUAUGAUCACUCAGCAAAACCAAGUGGUUCGUAAUCUGAAGUAUGAAGAUUCCGAACAUGGUAAUGGAGAUGGUGGUAGGAAGAUUCUUAAGCUCUUCCCUGCGGGAAAUUAAUAUAUUUGAAUUCUUAACUUCAUUUUUAAGGAAGUAAUAAUGUUAAGGUAUGUGGAUUAUCUUGUGUAAUUUGCAUUUUUCCUCAAACUUAAUAAAUGUAUUGUUAGUGUAUAUCUUUUUUA